GUCAGCCACAUGGGACACAAAUUAGGAGACACAAAUCAGCUCACAGGGCAUUGGGAAACACAGGCAGAAAGUCAAGUGAAGAGAAACUUUUACAGAUAUGAGCUACAUUCUCCAAACAGCAUUUUAGUCACUUUCCCAAAAAUUUUACUUAUUUUACUGCUUCUUCAGUAAUUAGGAAAGUACUUUCUUUUUUUCUUUUUUUUUUGAAGAUACCUUUGAUAAUGAAACUGAGUGUAGGGAUAUUUUUUGGAGGCUUCUUUGCGGCUCUGGGGGUUUUGCUUUUUUUGGUGGCAUUUGGAACUGAUUAUUGGCUUCUUGCUACAGAAAUAGGAAGGUGUUCAAAAGCACCUGAAGAUGUUGCGGGAGAGAAGGCCACUUUCCAUCACGAAGGUUUCUUCUGGAGGUGCUGGUUUAGUGGAAAUGUAGGAGAGAAUAAUGCCAGCAUGUGGAAUUUUUGGUAUACUAACCAGUCACCUUCUAAGAACUGUACACAUGCUUACCUGUCACCAUUUCCUCUUAUCCGAGAUGAGCACAAUUCAACCUCCUAUGACUCUGCAAUCAUUUAUCGUGGUUUCUGGACAGUUCUCAUGCUCCUGGGAGUGCUCACUAUUGUGAUGGCUAGUUUCUUCAUCAUCUGUGCAGCUCCUUUUGCCAGCCACAUUCUGUACAAAGCAGGAGGAGGCUUUUACAUCAUUGCUGGUGUCUUGUUUUCGCUGGUAGUUGUGAUGUAUGUCAUCUGGGUCCAGGCGAUGGCUGAUCUGGAAAACUACACAAACAUGAAAAAAAUGGGUUGCCCAGACUUUGCUAUUCAUGUACGUUAUGGCUGGGGUUUC